AUGGCUUUGUCUGGCACACUCGUUCAUGCCCUUGGCCAUAAUUGGUUGGGGAAGGCCGAUAUCGCUGUUCAGACGAUUUUUUUGGCCGUUGCUCUUCUCGCUGUUGGUUUGCGGUUUUGGGCAAGGCGAUUACAGCUUUAUUCGCUGCAAUUGAAUGACUGGUUCAUUUUAUUUGCGACGUUUGCAGUUGUCGGUCUCUAUGUUGUGGAAAUCCUCAAAGUGCUAUUGACUGGAUUGGGACUCCAUUCUUCUGAAGUAUCCCGGGUCGGAGGAGAGGAUAUCUUCGUCCAACUCAGCAAGGUCACAUACGCAAGUGAUCUUUUAUGGAUCAUAACCAUCAACUUGAUUCAGCUAUCAAUUCUUCAUCACUAUGUCCGCGAAUUUGGCCAGCGGGUCAUCCUCUGGCCAGCCUAUACUCUCAUGAGCUUAUGUACAGCCCUCGGACUGGCAGGUGUAUUCGCAUCAGCAUUCUUCUGCGUCCCAGCCAGGAAGUUCUGGCUUUCGGAUACGCCGGGUCAUUGUGGUGAUCGGAACAAGCUGCAAACCAGCGUCAAUGCGAGUGAGGCUAUUCUCAGCUUCUUUGUUUUGGUUCUUCCGGCCUAUUUCGCAUGGAAAAGAGCCUUUUCGCAAGCCAGGAGAGCUGCGCUCGUGUGCAUCCUUGCACUCGGACUAGGCAUCGUUGCAAUCAUCGCCUCUCGCAUGAAAUACGAUUCCAAUACAAUGCCAUCAGAUGCGACAUAUGGCUCCGCGCGGAAAUCACUUCUGUCGUGCUUAGUACCGCUGUUAGGAAUAACAGUUGCCUGUCUUCCAAUCCUGCCACCAGUCAUCAAACGAGUCUUUGGAACUUCGGUGUUUUCAUCUACAUCGCAUAUGUCCGGUCUGGGACCGGAGGCUGCAAAGCACUGGAAAACUACGGUUCUCACUAGCAGAAGGCUGGAGGAGCCCGAGAUGCCUUUGGUUACUGUUACUCAGCCUAUGACGGCGAAGAUGGGAGAUCUUACGCCCGGUCAUAUUCAUAUUACUUCUGAUUGGGAGAUUCAUUCGUCGCGGGGUUCGACGAGGAUUGAGAGAUCACCUGUUCGGCAGGUCUGA